CCUCUCCCCAAUGCCGUUUGCUCUAAAGUAUUUUUUUCUUCGUUAUUGUUGGAAUCAGUCGAUCCGGAUCCAUCCUACGUGAACAAUUGGAUCCGGAUGCGCCGUUCGCGUAAUAUGUGACUCCGCAAACAAAGACGCCGAGACAAGCAGACGAUCUCUCGUCCAGAAAUUUCGUGGUUAUUCUCUAGUGUCUUCCUCAUUUUUUAAUAAAUUUCAUGAGAUUUUCAACGAUUUUUUUUUUUUUUUUUUUUGAGGAUGAUGGAGGGACGAAGGAUUUAAAUAAGGGUGAUGAUGAAUUUCCUUGAUGAUGGAAUGCCUUUGGCCCCAGUCACAGACGAGGAAAUAUAUGGCACAGGAGCCAAUAUCAAAGAAGAGCUCAGUGAAGAUAAUUCCAAAGAUAUUUGUUUAGAAAUUAAGGAAGAACAACUUGAUUAUGCAGAUAAUGAGAGAGAUGAAGUGAAUGAUGUGAAAGUGAAACAUGAAUGUGUUUUCCUUCAUAAUCUUCAUGACCAAAAUCAUGAAGCAGAUGCAAAGAACUCAUGUAACUUGGUUCAGGAUCAUAAGGACAUGUUAAGAGUGCCGUUAGUAGCCGAGGAUUGUUGGAGCAAUUAUUCAUCAGAUGGGGAUCAGGCGAUACAUAAGGAAAGUACUAAGGAUACAGAACCACAAGUGGAUGCCACAUUGAAACGUCUUGUAUGUGAGAUGUGUGGCAAGAAAUUCUCUAAAAAGAGAUAUAUCAAAAUUCAUAUGAGAAUCCACACAAAGGAGAAGCCAUACAGAUGUGACAUUUGCGAUAAGGGCUUCCCAUCCAAAAACAAUCUAGUAAAGCAUAUCAGAGUACAUACAAAGGAAAAACCAUACAGCUGUGAAAUUUGCAACAAGGCUUUUUCUGAGAAAGGUCCUCUAGUGACACACAUGAGAGUACAUACAAAGGAAAAGCCAUACAAUUGUGAGAUUUGCAACAAGGCCUUCUCACACAAAAAUAGUCUAGUUAGGCAUAUGAGAGUGCAUACAAAGGAGAAACUAUAUAGCUGUGAGAUUUGCAACAAGAACUUCUCACAUAGAGAUAGUCUAAUUAGGCAUAUGAGUGUACAUGCAAAAGAGAAGCCAUUCAACUGUGAUAUUUGCUAUAAGGCCUUCCCAUCCAAAAGUGUUCUAGUAAGGCAUAUGAAAGUACAUACAAGGGAGAAGCCAUAUAGCUGUGAAACUUGCAAGAAAGUCUUCCCAGAAAAAGGUCACCUAGUAACACAUAUGAGAGUACAUACAAAAGAGAAACCAUACAGCUGUGAGGUUUGCAACAAAGCUUUCUCACAUAAAUCUAAUCUAGUUAUCCACAUGAGAGUGCAUACAAGAGAGAAGCCAUAAGACUAUGAAGUUUGCAAUAACAUCUUUUCACAGAAUUGUUACCUAGUGAGAGAAAACCCAGAAAAGAAGCCAAAUGGAGAUUUGCAAUGAGAUGAGACCUCAUAGAAAACUAAUCAGUUGAGCUGUUUGAGGGUACCUACAAAGGAGAAGCCCUACAAAUGUAAUAUUUGCAAAAUAAGGUUCUCCUGGAGUUGUCACCUAGUGUAAUAAAUGGUAGUACAAAUAAAGGAAAAGCCAGAUCUCCAUGAGGUUUUACAUAAAGUCAUCAAAGAGCAUGAUAUUUAAUCUAAAUGGAACCCUUUUUCCCUUGGCAUUAUUGGGAAAGAAUUGUCCUAAGCUUUGGAGGAUCUCUUUUUCUGAUUUAUGUAUAACUGGUAUGAUGUGUAAUUUUUGUCUAGCAUAAUGAUACUUUUAUGUCUUAUGACCUGUAUUUAAGUGUCCAUGGAAUUUUUGUUCAGGCAUACUCAUGUCUGUUGUAACUGAAUUUUUAAAUAUGUAUGUGUGUGUUUGGUUGAAUGUAUAUGUUUAUAUAUGUAUGUGUGUGUAUGUAUGAAUAUAAAUUGUUAAGUAAAGUAGCUUUAUAUAUAAUUCCUUCAUAAGUAAAUGAAUUUUUGAGUUUGCUAUUUUAUAUGGAUUUUGCAUUGUAUUAGUAAUAAUUUGAUAUAUGCAGUAAAUGUGCAUUAUUAAUUUUUUCAUGUUUGUAAUAAUUAUUAUUGAUACAUAUUAUGAUCUGAAAAUACUUAGGAAUCAUAUAAUGUAAUUAUGAGAAGGAGUUGUCAGAUGUAAAUAGUGUUGACCCAGCAGACUCAAAUUGGAACAUUGGUGGAGGUGAGACACACAAUCUUGUGGUAUUUUGGAUUAUGGUUUAGCUGUUAGUUUCCAUCCUAUGUCAUUCAGAUACAAAGUUUCCAAUAUGAUUAUUUGAUGAUUUAUACAAUAAAUGGUAUACAUUGAUAUGAUGA